AUGGUGGUGGCACACCCCACCGCCGCCACCACCGCCACCACCACACCCGCCGCCACCGUCACGGCCACCGUCGUGAUGACCACGGCCACCAUGGACCUGCGGGACUGGCUUUUCCUCUGCUACGGGCUCAUCGCCUUCCUAACAGAGGUCAUCGACAGCACCACGUGCCCCUCCGUGUGCCGCUGCGACAACGGCUUCAUCUACUGCAAUGACCGGGGGCUCACGUCCAUCCCCGCCGACAUCCCCGACGACGCCACCACCCUCUACCUGCAGAACAACCAGAUCAACAAUGCCGGCAUCCCCCAGGACCUCAAGACCAAGGUCAACGUGCAGGUCAUCUACCUGUACGAGAACGACCUGGACGAGUUCCCCGUCAACCUGCCCCGCUCCCUGCGGGAGCUGCACCUGCAGGACAACAACGUGCGCACCAUCGCCCGGGACUCACUGGCCCGCAUCCCGCUGCUGGAGAAGCUGCACCUGGACGACAACUCCGUGUCCACCGUCAGCAUCGAGGAGGACGCCUUCGCUGACAGCAAGCAGCUCAAGCUGCUCUUCCUGAGCAGGAAUCACCUGAGCAGCAUUCCCUCGGGGCUGCCCCGCACGCUGGAGGAGCUGCGGCUGGACGACAACCGCAUCUCCACCAUCCCGCUGCACGCCUUCAAGGGCCUCAGCAGCCUGCGGCGCCUGGUGCUGGAUGGCAACCUGCUGGCCAACCAGCGCAUCGCUGACGACACAUUCAGCCGUCUGCAGAACCUGACCGAGCUCUCGCUGGUGCGCAACUCACUGGCCGCCCCGCCCCUCAACCUGCCCAGCGCCCGCCUGCAGAAGCUGUACCUGCAGGACAACGCCAUCAGCCACGUGCCCUACAACACGCUGGCCAAGAUGCGCGAGCUGGAGCGCCUGGACCUGUCCAACAACAACCUGACCACGCUCCCCCGCGGCCUGUUCGACGACCUGGAGAACCUAGCCCAGCUGCUGCUCCGGAACAACCCUUGGUUCUGCGGCUGUAACCUCCUGUGGCUGCGGGACUGGGUGAAGGCGCGGGCGGCCGUGGUCAAUGUGCGCGGCCUCAUGUGCCAGGGCCCCGAGAAGGUCCGGGGCAUGGCCAUCAAGGACAUCACCAGCGAGAUGGAUGAGUGCUUUGAGGCGGGGGCGCAGGGCGGAGCAGUCAACGCUGCUGCCAAGACCACGCACGCCAGUGACCAUGCCUCUGUCACCACGCCCCAGGGCUCUCUCUUCACCCUCAAGGCCAAGAGGCCGGGGCUGCGCCUCCCUGACUCCAGCCUCGACUACCCCAUGGCCACGGGCGAUAGCGCCAAGACCCUGGCCAUCCACGUGAAGCCCCUGACGGCGGACUCCAUCCGCAUCACGUGGAAGGCCUCGCUGCCCGCCUCCUCCUUCCGGCUCAGCUGGCUGCGCCUGGGCCACAGCCCGGCUGUGGGCUCCAUCACGGAGACCCUAGUGCAGGGCGACAAGACAGAGUACCUGCUGACGGCCCUGGAGCCCAAGUCCACCUACAUCAUCUGCAUGGUCACCAUGGAGACGGGCAACGCUUACGUGGCCGACGAGACGCCCGUGUGCGCCAAGGCAGAGACGGCCGACAGCUCCGGCCCCGCCACCACCCUCAACCAGGAGCAGAACGCCGACCCCAUGGCGGGCCUGCCCCUGGCGGGCAUCAUCGGUGGUGCCGUGGCCCUUGUCUUCCUCUUCCUGGUCCUCGGGGCCAUCUGCUGGCACGUGCACCGGGCCAGCGAGCUGCUGACCCGGGAGCGGGCCUACAACCGGGGCAGCCGGAAAAAGGAUGACUAUCUGGAGUCGGGGACCAAGAAGGAUAACUCUAUCUUGGAGAUCCGCGGCCCCGGGUUGCAGAUGCUGCCCAUCAACCCUUACCGCGCCAAAGAGGAGUAUGUGGUCCACACCAUCUUCCCCUCCAACGGCAGCAGCCUCUGCAAGGGCACACACACCAUCGGCUAUGGCACCACACGGGGCUAUCGUGACGGGGGCAUCCCCGACAUAGACUACUCCUACACCUGA